AUGCCGAGCCACAAGACCUUCCGCACCAAGCAAAAGCUUGCCAAAGCUCAGCGUCAGAACCGCCCUAUCCCUCAGUGGAUUCGCCUGCGCACUGGCAACACCAUCCGGUACAACGCUAAGCGUCGUCACUGGCGCAAGACCCGCCUGGGUAUCUAA